AUGCCGUCGUUAUCUACUGGGUGGGCAUUGCCCCUCGCUGUUCUCACCAUUGCCAAUGUGGCGGGAACGUGGUUCAAAUUGAUCUCAGGAGAAGUCCCUGAUCCCUACUUGGACGAGGUAUUUCAUGUGCCUCAAGCACAGAGAUAUUGUCGAAAUGACUGGUCUUGGGAUCCAAAGAUCACUACCCCGCCUGGCCUGCAACCCGUUAUAGGGUGUGAUACAGAUGUACUCAGACUACUCAAUGUGGCGGCUAUAUGUGCGCUUUGCAUUGUAGCAUACGACGUCCUUCGAACCCUUGGAGCUCCUAGAUUGACCCUGAAUGCCCGCAAUAGCUCGCCUCAAAAGCAAGUGGACAGGCAAUUUGAAACCGAUGUGAAGUAUGAUUGUUCUCAUACAGCUCUCAACAUCUGCCUUUUUCCGCCAUUGUUCUUUUUCUCUGGCCUUUACUAUACUGAUGUCAUAUCGACGCUCCUGGUUCUCAUCAACUAUCGAGUCUUUUUAGCUGGUGGUGCGGGCAAUUUCACUGCACUCAAGAGUGUGUCCACAAUACUAAUGGGGAUAUUUGCACUCUUUUUUCGACAGACCAACAUCUUCUGGGUUGGAGUUUUUCCAGCUGGUUUGGCGGUGGUUGAGUCCCUCAAGCGGCAGGACGCGCCUGCUCCUGCGACAGACCGUACUUUCGCAGAGAUUAUUGGCGAUAGCUGGUCAAGAGGAACGGUGUAUGACGUUCCCGUCCACGAUGCCGACCUACAAGAUUAUGCGAUAGUCAUUGCUUCGGUGGCCCUGGUUGCACUAAGGUCACCCAUCAUUGUCAUCAAAUCCGUAAUGACUUACGUUGUGCUCCUUUUCUUGUUUGGUGGAUUUGUGGCCUGGAAUGGGGGAGUAGUCCUUGGGGACAAAUCAAACCAUGUGGCUACAAUUCAUCUGCCACAGAUGCUUUACCUCUGGCCGUACAUUGGCUUCUUUUCGCUCCCUCUUCUUGUCGCACCUCUUCUCGCACCUAUUGUACGACGAUUGCCUGGCGGUCUCCUGAAAACAUUCCCGCUGGACAGCCUGAUAGGGCCUACUCGGAUUUCUUUGCCAGGAAUAGCUGGUGUCGUCCUGUUCUCUAUCUUUGGGUUGCUCGCGGUUCACUACAAUACGAUUGUCCAUCCCUUUACGUUGGCUGAUAACAGACAUUACGUUUUCUAUGUGUUCCGCAUUCUGCGCCGACAUCCAACGAUAAAGUAUCUCGCCGUGCCAGUCUACUAUACUGGCGGAUAUCUGGUCAUCUCGGUACUUGGAGCAAGGUCCUCCAAACAAAGUAGCAGGCGAGCUGAAAAAGGUCAUCAGCCAACCAGCGCAAGGAGCAUUCGGAAGCCCUGCCAAGCCAGCUUCGUCAUUGUAUGGUUGGCAACAACUGCGCUGUCAGUUGUUUCAGCUCCUCUGGUCGAGCCUCGCUAUUUCAUAAUCCCUUGGAUGAUGUGGCGAUUACAUGUGCCAGCGAAGUUAGCCUCACUCUCAGAUGCAGAUGCUCGAUCGAAGCAAAGAGCUUCGUCUGCGUCGCUAGAUCUGCGGCUUACGCUAGAAACAAGCUGGCAUCUCGCAAUCAAUACCGCUGUCGGAUAUCUUUUCUUAUAUCGUGGUUUUUCGUGGGACAAUGAGCCUGGGCGCAUUCAGAGGUUCCUUUUCUAGGCAGAGCGAGGCCACCAAUCAGACGUGCAGUCGGGACGUCAACCUCACUUUGCGAUACGGGAAUGUCUAGCCAAAGAGUGAGGCGACAAAAGUCACAGAAAAGCGAUUUACCAGUCGCAGACUUGCAUUUCAGGGCAGCCUGUCAGACUUUAUCAAUGUUGCGGCAAUUAUUACGCCAAAUGUGGUUGCCUAGAGCAUACGUGUCUGCGGGACACUCCCUCCGCACCCCCGAAAUCGCCUGUGGCAUCUGAAAUGUAUGUACAAACGUACGAAUCAUCGGUUCAUCUUGAUAAUUAAGUACAUACAUUUAAUCCAAAGAGGGAAUGCUUGAGAGG